UCAAAUGCGCGGCACCUCUAGCGCACAGGUGAUGCCCCCAUCCCUGCUGCCGCUGUUCGCCCUGGCCCUGGCCCUGGCGGAGAGCUGGGCGGGCUCCCACUCCCUGAGGCUUCUCUCCACCGCGAUGUCCCGGCCCGGCCCUGGGGAGCCCCGCUUCAUCGCCGUGGGGUACGUGGACGACACGCAGUUCGGGCGGUUCGACAGCGACUCCCCGGGUCGGAGGGCGGAGCUGCGGGCGCCCUGGGCGGGGCGGGUGCGGCAGGAGGACCUGGACGAGGAGACCCUGAACCAAAAGCGCACCGCCCGGAGGCUCGGAGCGCUCCUGGAGGACGUGCGCGGCCGCUGCAACCAGAGCGAGGCUGGGUCUCACACAAUCCAGAGGACUUUGGGCUGCGACGUGGGGCCCGAUGGGCGCCUCCUCGGCGGGUAUGAUCAGGUCGCCUAUGAUGGCGCUGAUUACCUGGCCCUGGACGAGGACCUGCGCUCCUGGACCGCGGUGGACACGGCGGCUCAGGUCACCCGGCGCGAGUGGGAGGCCAGCAGGGAGCCCGAGCGCCUCAGGGACUUCCUGGAGGGCAGGUGUGUGGAGUGGCUCCGCAGAUUCCUGGAGAUCGGGAAGGAGGUGCUGCAGCAAGCAGAUCCUCCAAACAUACACAUGACCCACCACCCCAUCACUGAGCAUGAGGUCACCCUGAGGUGCUGGGCCCUGGGCUUCUACCCUGCGGACAUCACCCUGACCUGGCAGCGAGAUGGGGAGGACCUGACCCAGAACAUGGAGCUGGUGGAGACCAGGCCUGGGGGUGAUGGAACCUUCCAGAAGUGGGCGGCUGUGGUGGUACCUUCUGGAGAGGAGCAGAGAUACACGUGCCAUGUGCAGCAUGAGGGACUGCAGGAACCCCGAGUCCUGAGAUGGGUGCCCCCUCCUCAGUCCUCCAUCCCCACCACGGGCAUCAUUGCUGGCCUGGUCCUCCUUGGAGCUGUGAUCAUUGGAGCUGUGGUGGCUGCAACUGUGAUGUGGAGGAAGUUCAGAAGGACAAAGAGGAAGCUACACUCAGGCUGCAGGCAGCGACAGUGCCCAGGGCUCGAAUGUGUCUCUCUCAGCUCCUAAAGUCUGAGACAGCUGCCCUGUUGGGCCUGAGUGGUGCAGGAUUUCUUCUCAAUCCCCAUUUUGUGACUGCAAGAGCCUCUGGUUUAAACUACAACGAGAAACCACUUCAUAGCUGUGAGAAUGGCUCAUAUCAAAAAGACUAGAAAUAGCAAUUGCUGGCCAGAACAUGGGGAAAAAGUAACAGUUUUUACUGGUUUUGGGGAUGUGGACUGAUCUAGCCCUUAUGGAAAACAGUACCGAGGUUUCUGAAAAGACUAAAAGUGGAUCUGCUAUAGGACGCAGCAGUCCCGCUCCAAGGUAUCUAUGAACAAAUACGCCACUUUGAAGGGACCCUGCGCUCCCGUGAUCACUGCAGCACUAUUCACAAUAGCCAAGCUGUGGAAACAACAUAAACACCCCAAAACAGAUGAGUAGAUCAGGAGCCUCAAUGGUGAUGGGCUGUUCUGAUGGACGAUUUGCUCAGAACAUGAAGGUUUGUCAGCGCAGAGAGCGCCAGGAGACACGCAGGAGAGAGACGUGUGGAGAAGCCGCCUUGCUUCUUGGCUUUGGCUUGAACCGGGAACUUAGAGACGUGGAAGGAGAUGCCUGGAAGAGACCCAUGGAGAGAUCGACCUCUCCCUUGCCUUGUACUUUCAUUUUGCUCCUUUUGGCCCAGAUUUGCUGGCUCCUUCCAUCCACUUCCCAGGUCCCCACCUGAAGGCACCUCAGACUCAGAGGACCUUUCAGGCCGCAGUGGCCCUGCCUUGGGCCAAGGCUGUGUGGUUGUGUCUUUACCCACGAGGGGAUGGGGAACUUUGGGUGUUUUAUUCCCAGUGUUCUUUCUUCUCUUUGCUCUCCAUGCCCAUUAAUUCUUUUCAAGUUGUUCACACUAAGAAAAAAAAAUACAGGUUUCUCCUGAAACUAAAAAAAACUAAAAACUUAUGCAAAACUGGACCCAUAAAUAUGGCACCUUAUAAUGAGCAAACAAACACUUGCUUUUCUCUCUCUUUCUCGCCAGGAUGUAAAACUUUUACUAAGUAUUCUGAUCUCUCAUUUCAAAAUGGUUGUAUAACUCCAGCCUAUUAUCCAUUUUGAGUUGGUUUUGUGUGAGGUGGGAGACGGUGGUCUAGUUUCAUGCUUUUGCACGUGACUGUCCAGUGUCCCCAGCACCGUUUAUCGAAGAGGCUUUCCUUGUGACCCCUCAUCUUAACCUUGUCAACAUAAACUUCACUGGAUUGUUGUUGGAGAACGGGGCUUACUUCUUCCCAUCAGUAGUUGUAUUUUACAUUAUAAUUUAUUUAUGUAUAUUUUACA